AUGGCUACCCCUAGUGUCCUCGCUUUUGACGCUGAGGGUCGGGCUAUUGACUUUGAGUGCGAUAGGGCAGACGGUCUCUCCCUCUUUGACCUUACCUCUGGUGCCUCUCCUGCCCCUACUGCUGAUACUGACGCCACUGUUCGCUCACAGUGGGCCACACGCGAUGCUGCUGCACGUCUUGCUGUGCAUCGCCACCUGCCUACCUCUGAGCGUGCGCACUUGAGCCAGUACAAGAGUGCUCAGACCUUGUACGACGCUGUAGUUGCACGCUACUCCUCCCCUGCCACUGCUGCACUGAGCCGUCUCAUGCUACCGUACCUCUUCCCUGACCUUGCUGCCUUUCCCACAGUCGCUGACCUCAUUACGCACCUCCACACUAGUGACACUCGCUACCGCGCUGCGCUUCUUGCUGAGGACCACUUCCUCUCAGUUUGCCCCACCACUCUUACCGUUGACCUCCUCGCAGCAGAGAAGAGCAUAGUCGCUGUAGGAGCCUCUCGUGGUGACCCUCGCACCCCCAUCUUUGAGGGGUGUUCCCCCUCCCCCCUCCUGCCCUCUGUUGCCUCUGCUGCUGCGACUGACCUCGUUGGUUUUGAGUCUUCCCCGAGCGGGAGACGCCGCACCGACAAGGGCAAGGAGGGCAAGGGAGCUGGAGGGGCUGGCGGGGGUGGCGGAGGUGGCGGUGGAGGUAGUGGAGGGGGUGGGGGUGGUGGUGGGAGUGGUGGCGGGGGUGGAGGUGUCGGUGGCGGUGGAGACUGA